GCGCAGCCGCAGUGCCAUGUAAACACAGAUGACGAGGGUGCUGUGCUAGUUGUAGAUGUGGCUAAUUGUUACAAGUUAGCUAGCGUUAGAUCAAAACAGGCAAAUCUCACUUAACUGUGAGUGUGCUCGUGUUUUUCUGUGGCUCUAGGGUAGCAAUAUUUACAGCGUUUAAGGACAGUUAUUUGAAAGUAAUUCGAGCGAUGUAUUGCUUGGUUGCUAGCUAAAUUAUAAUCUUAGCUAGUUUGCGUUGCUCGCUCUAGCCUUUAUCUCUCAUUUCUUCUUUCUGUCGUUCUGUAGAUAAGGUUAUUGUGUUCAGACACAUCGUAAAAUGUUUCUUUAGUUGUUCAGCUCGCAAUAUGGUAUUGUGUUACAUAUUUAGCUAAGCAGCCAGACCACUGGUUGGAGAUAACAAGCUAAUAACUCGAACAAAACAGGCAUCUUAUGUCCUGCGUGGAAUAAAGCAAGCGAGGGAUCAUUCUCUGAAUAUAUGUGCAUCCCAUAACCCCAUGUUGACGGAAAACAGGAAGCGAGCUCGCAGUGGAGGAGAUGUGGAGAAUGGCCUGUUACCCCAAGCCAAACGACAGAGCAGGGGUCAUCCUGUCUCUCCAGAGCCCGGCCGAGAUGCCUGGGACUCAGAGUCUUCCAACAGUGAGACCAGCAGCAGUAUCAGCAGUCCAGAGCACUUGAUUGCUGGCUCCUCCAGUCAGUGUGCUGUGGGUCCCUGCAGUCCUUUAAGUUCAACAGAGACCUCCGAUGUGGGUCGCCCUUCAAACCUGGUUUCCUAUCAGCACAUUAACCGCAUCCUUAAAGAAGCGCACUUCCAGAGCCUACAGUGUAGAGGACUGCAUCGAGACACACACCAGACAUGUCCUCCAAAUCAAUAACAUGCUAAAAUGCUCCUCUGCCCGUCCACAAAAGCCAGCUGAUAAUGAAUAAAUGGUGGUUUUAAAGCAUUUGAGCAAUAAUUUUAAAAUGAUCAUGGGACCGAUUUUGUGACCUGGCUGUAUUUGGACCAAGUAGUUAAUACACCUCUGAAAAAUCACUGUUUGACUUAAUUUGUAGUUUAAACACAUGCAUCUUGGAUUUAUUAGAGUAGAAGGAAGUUGUAGGUUGUGCAUUUUAAUGUCUGUGAUAGCACAGGGACCACUCUCAGGGAUUUUGUGUUUAGACUUUUCAUCUCAUUAUGCCAGGGUCUUUACAGAUGUUGUUGAGGAACUCUUUUUGCACUUAGAGGUUAGUAUAAAGUUUAGAAGACUUUAGAAUCAAGCAUUAGUAACAUAGUCUCUCACCCACCUUCCAAAAACAAAUGUGAAAUGUCUGUUUACUUGAAACCAGAGCAACUCCAUUUGAAUUCUUCUAUUGCAAAUCUUUUCUCUUUUGUAACCAAGCAGGUGCAAUACUGCCACCCCUUCCCUAUAAUUUCAGAGUUUCCAAUAUCAGACAUCUGGGCCUUUUAAUUGUGCACUAUGUUCUUCUAUUUAAAGGUUGUUAUAUACGUAUGUGUGUGCACUGAACAACACAGCACUGCCUCCAAGUGGCAGUGUAAAGAUUUGCUCUUUCACUUCAUGAUCCCAGGACAUUCUUUUUUGUGUCUGAAAACAUUUGAAGAUGUAUUUUUUUUCUAUUAUAUAUUUUUUCUAUAUAGAGAUAAACAUAACAUUAAUCAGCCAUUGACUUUUUCUUGUAAAUACCGUGCCAUUUGAGAAAUAAAAAAAUACAGUUUUUAACAAA